AUGGUCGCCCAAGGAGAAGCUCAGGCCGAUGCGCCCGUCACCACCAUCGUCCCCUUCAACAACCAGAAGGUUCUUCCCUCUUGCGCCGCCGCCUGCGGUCCCCUCUACGAUGCCAACGGUGCUUGUGUCCCGCCCCAAGUAGCCGCUGACGCCGGCCCGACCGCCUAUACCCAAUGUUUCUGUCUCGACCAGCGAGUCGCCGCUUUCUCAACCGCCACCACGGGUGUAUGCGACGAUGCCUGUACCAACGACCCAAAGGGCCUUUCUUCAAUCGCUGGCUGGUUCCGCAGCAUGUGUAGCGUCACGAACGGUGGAAACCAAGGAACGACGAGAAAAACUGGUCAGCAAGGCUCAUCGACGACGACAGGCGACGGUUCAGCAUCAACAGGCGGCAGCACUGCUGGGGCUAACAACGGAGGUGGUGGUGAUUGGAUUUCCAACCACUGGCAGUGGGUUAUUAUGAUUGUUGUUCUCGUUGUCGGUAUCGCCGCCAUCUGGAUUGGAGCCUGUAUCUGGCGCCGCCGCUACCUCCGCAAGAAGGACCGCCAGACUUCCCUUGGUCAAAGGCACUCCGGAUCCGCCAAGCGACCAUCCUGGGGUCCCGGCAUGGAGGCUUCUGAGGGUGGUAUUCCCUAUGACACCUACGACGAGUCAAACCGAGGCUCAAACGGAAUCAUGCUACCGGGCGCCGCCGCUGCUGGUGCUCCCGUUGAGGAGAAGCCCAAGGAGAAGAAGCGAUGGAUCGUCCGCGACCGAACAUGA